CAUUUUCCGUGUUUCCGGUUUGAUCACUAGCAUAAAGAGCAGGGUUAAGGCUCGAUACCUUAAACGCCCAGUUGUCGCUUUAAAGAAAACACUUUUGCUAAAAACCUACAAAAUCCUCGAAACAUGGCAGAGAGCGACUGGGAUACAGUGACUGUGUUGAGAAAGAAAGGCUCGGCAGCUCAGUCAAAGUCGAAACAGGCCAUAACUGCUGCUCAGAGAAAGGGAGAGGAGGUCGAAACGUCUAAGAAAUGGGCUGCUGGGCAAAAUAAACAACAUCUUGUAACAAAGAACACAGCCAAGCUGGAUAGAGAGACAGAGGAGCUCAGCCACCAGCGAGUCCCUCUUGAAGUGGGGAAGGUUAUUCAGCAAGGCCGGCAAAAUAAGGGCCUCACUCAGAAAGAUCUGGCAACAAAAAUUAACGAGAAGCCACAAAUCAUAGCAGAAUAUGAAGCUGGAAAGGCCAUCCCCAAUAACCAGAUAAUGGGGAAGAUUGAGCGAGCAAUUGGCCUCAAGCUGCGUGGAAGGGAAAUUGGACUGCCCUUUGAUGCCGCCCCUGCUAAGAAAUGAGUAAAAAAUCCUCGAAAAUCCACCAUUCACUGAAACACCCUGAUACAAAAAGUAAUAUUUACAGUCAAUCUUUAUUAACAGCUGCAUUACUUCUUAUUUCCAAUGGUGGAUCAGGCACAGUCACAUUGCCAUAUGCACGAGAGGCUUAUUAUCUAACGUUAUAUGUCAGAUGGACACUUUCGUUAAUUUUUUUUUAACUUGCUCGCUACUCCGAAAUAAAACUUGAUUUCUAUA